CCUUCCCUCCAGCGCUGCACAAUUUCCUACUCGGUGACUCUGAUGUGCCAGUUACACCUUCUAGCCCUGGUCAUUGUGCCACAAGCCUCCGGCUCCUUCUCCCAUUGCCUCCACUUGUGCCACAUCCCAGUAUAUUGCCCCUCACAGUCAGAUGGACGGACAAGACACUCACCUCUUCUCUCUCUACAUGGGAUUGUGGCUUCUGUUACACUCAGGUUGGGCGGCUAAGACUGACCCCGUGUAUGUGGCCCUGAAUGACCCAGUUCUGCUCAAUAUCCCAGACUAUCCCAAUGCUGAGAAACUCCAGGUGACCUGGAGAGAUGGGAAUGGAGUCCUAAUGGGUAAAUUCAAGACCUCCUCAGCAUAUGAUCAGACAAAGGGAUGUGAGUGUGAGCUCUUCAGGAACGGCUCCCUGUAUCUCAAUCGGUUGGGAACGGUGGGAAACAAGACCUACAAGGUGGAAGUGUUUGAGCAGAGUGGAAAGGCCAAAACGACUGCCUUCCUCCUAGUGACUGUGAUUGAGCGAGUGAGAAGCCCGAUACUGAACUACACCUGCGCAGGGAAGAAAAUAAACCUACGCUGUGACCUACCAGAGGGCUCGACUCCCACCCGCAUGGAGCUCUCAUGGAAUAACAAGCUGAUUAAGGAAUCUGAUAAAAGCCAAUCCCUACAAGCGACUGAAACAGUGAAGUCUGGGAAACUGAUCUGCUCUGCCAGGAACCAAGUGAGCCAAACCAACCAAUCGGAGGAGAUUGAUUGCCCCAAAGAUACCCCAGGACUUGAUUUGUAUAUAAUGAUUGCCAUCGCAGGGGGUGUUGUUACCUUCUUGAUCUUCGUUAUUACUCUGAUUUACUUUGUGAGAAGAAGAUGUUGCCACCAAGAGUCAAGAAAUGGUGAGGAAGAGGCUUCUAUCUGUUAUGAGAGACAACCUCAUAUUCAGCAACGGCAGCUUCCAACUCCUCCUACACAGCAUGAUACCCAAAUGCUGACCCGGCCUCCAGCAGACAUCCCAGACCACAACCUGGGACCAAAGAUCCCACCACAUGGGCCCCAAGCCCAAAACUGUCCACCAACUCAGUCCAAGAGAGCUGCACAUUCCAAGCAAAGAGGAGCCAAGUUUCCAGACCAAGCCUCCCAGAAUCAGAAACUUCAAACACCAUCUCAGCCUCAAAGGCCUCCAGUCCCUGCCAACCACCCAUGUGGCCAACCACCCCACCCACAACCUCGGGAAAAAUCCAAGCCUCCACGUAAGCACCAAAGGCGUCAAUAGCCAAAAUGAAAGGGUGCAAGCACUCCAUACACAUUAUCGAAAAAGCAUUGGGCAAGAUCUUUGUUUGUUUCUAGCCAAUAUAUUUUUGGAGCCAUGACAGAGAGACGUCAGUAUUGCUUUUGACCCAUAUCAUAUGUGACAAUGAGUAGACACUAUGGCCAUGGGGUUCAUGGGGCAGAAAGGAGGGUGUGUGGUUAUGAACUUAUGGAGAAGAGCCAUCUUGGCUAUUGGUUUAUAUUUGCUAACAAGAUGUUAUGGCCUUGCUGAACAGAAAGGACAACACAGAGAUUUGGAUUUAUGGAACAAAGGGGAACUCACGUUGCUAUGAAACCUGGAACAGGAAAAAAAAGAGCAUGGCUAUGGACUCAUGGGGUUGUGAUAAAGCCAAAAAAACUAUCAAAUCAUUUCGUUAGGGUGCUGGUAUCUUGGACAUGGAAUGGGAAGGAUCCAAAAUAACUAUGGACUCAUCAGACGGGAAGGUGGCUGUAGACUGCAAUGAAAUAUAGGCAACAUAGCCCACAAGCAUGGGAAGACACCAAUACAACAUUGUUCUGACAGUCUAGAAUGGGCAAAUAGGAGCCACUGAGCUGGUGCUUAACACUUGGGAAGCCACACACAACUGGCAGCUUUGUAUUUAGAUUAACACCACUUGAUAUUCUCACUGUACUUCAGGGCCAAAUGCUGAUAAACCUGUGGAAGAUGAACGUAAAUGUGAAGGCAACAAUUCCACACAGAAUGGUCUAGUGAGCUGAUAUCAUUUGGGCCAUGGUGGGGUCGAAUGAGAAGAAGAAGGACAAGAACUGGGAUUGGAACAUGGUUUUGAAGUUAAUUGUACAGGUUAACAAGAUGGAGGAAAUGCUGGAGAUGAAAGAGAAAGUCCUACAGAAACCAAAAGAGAAAUAUCCAAACAAAGAAGCCCAGGACAAGAUACACUGGAGAUACAGCCAGAAGCAUCAGCGGUGCCUCAAGGAAUUAUGCUACAGACACAACUGCAUAUUGAGUUCUGCUACCACUUAUUUUAUGCAUCUACCAUUGGCCCUGGAUCUGGAAAUACUUAGGGGCAUUUUGUGGGUUGGAAUGUAUCUUAAUUCAGUAUCUUAAUACAGAUCGAUCUCUGACCCCAACAGGUUGGAUGCUAAUGGUGGCAAUUUAACUAUAACUGGAGAGCCAUGGAUUGCAUGAAAAGAUAGGGCACCUUAUUGGAUACUAAAGGUCACAUUAGAAUUAGAAAUUAAAUAAGAAACGGCCGCUUCCUUCCAAUGGUUCAGCAAAAUUGUCUCAUCUGCGACUCCUUUUUGUACAGUUCUUUUGUCACCGCUUAUGUCUCUUCCACUUGUUUAUAAAAUAUUAAAAGGCAGAACUGAGA